CGCUUGCCUUGCACCACAGGAACUUGUUUGCCUUGUUUGUGAGAUCCUCCAAGGUGGUGACCUCAUCUCUUGGCGAGGUUCCCAGUUCUUUCUCGCUCUUCCCCAGUUCUGAGGCUGCUUUGUUGCGAGAGAAGCUUGCCUCUGUGUUUUUGUUGUGUAGCUCUGGAAUGGAAACCACCAGCCACACAGAAAGCCAUGGAGCAGUUCCAAGGAGGAAAUUCUCAACCAGAUCUCCCUCCCUAUGGUAGCCACUCCCACCACAGUAGAAUGUGCUGGGCCUCAGUUCGGAAAGGACAGUACCACCCAACCUGUCAGAAGGAUUGAAGAAGCCUUCUUUAGCAGACAUGGCCUCGGUGGAAGACCCCGUGGGGAGGCUUCAGGAAGAGGUGUCCUGUUCCAUCUGCUUGGAGUAUCUCAGGGACCCAGUGACCAUCGAGUGUGGCCACAACUUCUGUUAUGCUUGCAUUUCCAACUACUGCGAACGUGGAGCCAGUACUGUGACCGGGCUAGCUCUUUGCCCGCAGUGCCGGGCCAGUUUCUUGCUUAGCAGCUCACGCCCCAACAAACAACUGGCCAACAUUGUGGAGGGCAUUGAGCAGCUGGCUCUGCAGCCGAGCAGAGGCCCUGGCGAGGCCUUGUGCGAGAGGCACGGCAAGAAGCUGCGGCUUUUCUGCCAAGACGAUGGCGAGCCUAUUUGCCUGGUGUGUGACAAAUCCCGAGAGCAUCGAGAUCACACAGUCCUGCCCAUUGAGGAGGCUGCUCAUGACUACAAGAUUAAGCUCCAGGAAGCUGUGGAUGUUCUCAGGAACGUUCUGGGGGAAGCGUCAAAGCUGGAAGCACAAGAGGCGGAGAAAACAGCUCGGUGGAAGGCCUUGAAAUGGAAAUGGACUGCUUUCAAGUUGAUCCCGACCUAUGGCUGCCCUACGAAUAGGGUUUUCAUGGAGAAAGUGGAGGAACGUAAAGCGCUCGUUGUAUCAGGGUUUGAAAGACGCCGCCAGGCAAUGGCUGAAGAGGAGCAGCUGCUUUUGAGGCAGCUUCAGGAUGAGGAGCAGGAAACACUGAAGAAGCUGCAGAUAAACUGGGCCUUCCUGCUUGGGCAGUGUGCCGGGCUGCGGGAUCUGAUCUCGGAGAUGGAGUGGAAAUGCCAGCAGCCAGCUGCCUCCUUCCUCAAGGAUGUGAAAGUCACCUUGACCAGGAGUGAGGGUAUAUCUCUGCAGGAACCCCAGCCCAUCCUGCUGGAUCUACAAGAGUCAUAUGACGUUCCUGGGCAGAUGGAGUCACUCCAAAGAUACAGAGUACCUGUGACCUUCGACCCUGACACAGCGAAUCCCUACCUGCUUCUAUCUGAGGACCUGCUCAGUGUGCAAGUUGUGGAUCGGAAGCAACAUCUGCCCAACAGCCUGUCCCGCUUUGAGACAUGCACUUGCCUGCUGGGUUGUGAGCAGUUCAAAUCUGGGAGGCAGUACUGGGAAGUGUGUGUGGAGAACAAGACCAGCUGGACGCUAGGUGUGUGCAGAGAAUCUGUGAGCCGCCAAGGUAUCUUUACACCCUCGCCGGCAACAGGGUUCUGGACGGUGUGGCUGAGGAAUGGAGACGAGUACGCAGCCCUCACUUCCCCUCUCACGGAACUAGUCCUGAGACCGAGGCCUGGAGUCAUUGGCAUCUUUCUGGACUAUGAUGCAGGAGAGGUCUCCUUCUAUAACGCUGAUAAUGGGUCCCACAUCUUUACCUUUGCAGACUCCUUCUCGGUAACCCUCCGGCCUUACUUCUAUCCUGGGGUCCGGGCAGGAGGGCUCAAUGAUGCUCCACUCAUCAUCCAACCAGCACCCAACCAGAUAUCAGGAAAAUCUUGCCCUUCCCACCAAUGAGGCCUUUUCAUGUUGCUAACUGUGGAACUCCCUGCCAGUGAAUGGAAACAAAGUUGCAUGCACUGAAGGAUUAGAUGAAUCUGUGAAAAACACAACAGCACAGAGAGGAAGAUCUGGAAGAUGCAUUCUGCAUAUGGGCAAGAUCUAACUGAUUUGCCAGAUAUGAGGCCCGCAAAGAAUUUUCUUCCAGAGUUAGCUAUUGACCCUGGGAAAUUGUCUUACCUGAAGCAUGUGGCUUGGUUUACUUUCUUGAGUCUUCUAGUACUAUUUGCUCUGUAAGCACCUUUCUGCAGUACAUCUCUUCACAUGUGGAGUAAAAUGCUUUACUACUCUUGCAGAUGUAGCACAAUGUGAUCUGCAAUGCAUAGGUUCUUAUCUUUGGGUCUGGUGGAUGAAGGGUUGAGGUUCAGGGCAAACGGUUGGCUAGAUGGAUCGCAAGUCUGUUUCCUGCCAUGUAUAUUAUUUGGCUGGAAUAAUACAUAAAUCUGCUGAUAGGAGAUAAAUGUGAAUUAUAUACGAAGCAGGCUCUAUACCAGAAAUGAUUUUUGUGUGUCUGCGUGUGAUUCCCAAGCAAAUUUUCCUAAUUCAAAUAUAUUUACAAACAUCUUAGUUUGAUUUCUACCCACUUAUACUUUCCUAUGUAUGCAGUUUUUAUAAA